CUUGUUUCAAACUGAGAGCGCCAUUCAGCUACCUUGGUUGAUUGUUUUUCUUCGACUAUCCUUCAUACCAGAAUAUUUUUUUAGACUUUUCAGGCUCUCGUUCGUGUGACGUUUGCGUCUUGGGUCAUUUUCCAGACUUUUCCUUCACAUUUCUCUUCUGUGAUCUAAUGUGUGAAGACGGCCUGGCAGGAUGACGGAGUCAUGUCAACUUGAGUGGGGCCUUAUGGAAGACCAAGGCAGUUUAUGGGCAGAAAGCAGCAGCAGCAGCAGUGACUCACCGCUGACUCAGCCCAGCAGCUCAGAAGAGAGAAAACAUGUGAAGGUCUACCUCCGCAUCCGCCCUUCAACGGCGGCUGAGGCCCAGAAGGGAGAGUCACAGGACUGCGUGUGGGCGGAGCCUCCGGGCACGGUCCUGCUGAUUCCUCCCGGCUCCUCGCAGGCAGGUCACCUUGGCGCCGAGAAAUCGGACAAACCCUUCCUGCGCAGCGCUCAGCGCUUCCACUUCUCUCAGGUGUACGGUCCAGACACCACACAGGAAGAGUUAUUCCAAGGAUCAGUCAAGGAUCUGGUCCGAGAUGUUCUCCAGGGAGGCGAUGUCCUGCUCUUCUCUUACGGGGUCACCAAUGCUGGCAAAACCUUCACGUUUUUGGGUCCGGACGGCGAUGCCGGCAUCUUGCCCAGAUCCCUGGACGCCCUCUUCGGCUGCAUGCAGGGCAAGCUCUCGGGCGGGAUGGGUCUCAAGCCUCAUCGCUGCAGAGAAUUCAUCAGGCUGAGCGAGGAGCAGCGGGCCCAAGAGGCCGCCUUCAAGAGCGCCCUGCUGCAACCCUCCAGAGAGAGCAAUGAGGCCGGUGGUGGCAUGCGGAGCUCCGGUUGCCCCAUGCUCCUUCAAGGCUUGUCACAGCGGCCAGACCUCCAAACGGAAGCCAAUGGCAAGUUCUGCGUUUGGGUCUCCUUCUGCGAGAUCUACAAUGAGAAGAUCCACGACCUCCUGGAGGCGAUGCCCGGUGGAGCGGCCAAGAGGACACCCCUGCGCUUGUCUCAGGACAUCAUGGGCAAUGCCUUCGUCAAAGACCUGCGCUGGUUGCAGGUGGACAAUGCAGACGAGGCCUACCAAGUCAUCAAGCUGGGCAAGAGGAGCCAAAGCUUCGCUUCCACCGGGAUGAACCGGCUCUCAAGCAGGAGUCACAGCAUCUUCUCCAUCCGUGUUCUAAGGAUAAAAGACACCAGAGUGGUGGCCGUCAGCGAGCUGUGCCUGUGCGACCUGGCCGGCUCAGAGCGCUGCGCCAAGACCGGCAACCACGGCGAGCGGCUCAAGGAGGCCGGGAACAUCAACGCCUCGCUGCUCAUCCUGGGGAAGUGUGUCAGCGCUCUCAGACACAACGGGCGCGCCAGGCUCCAGCAGCAGCAUGUGCCCUUCCGUGAGAGCAAGCUGACGCACUUGCUCCAGGCCUUCUUCUGCGGCCGAGGCAAAGUCUGCAUGAUGGUCAACGUCAACCGGUGCGCCUCGGCCUACGAUGAGACGCUACGAGUGCUCGAGUUCUCCGCCCUGGCGCAGAAGGUGGUGCUUCUGCCCAGCGGGACUACUCCCGUCCCGCCCCGCAAUCCCCACCUGGGCUCAAGUGCUGGCAAAACUCUGAUUGGCCAAGAAAGAGGCCCGCAGGACACGCAGGAGGAGCAAGAGGAUGAUAAUGAUGGCGACGAAAAGAUGUCAGUGGAUGAGGACACUGUGUGUGAAAAUGAGGGUGAGGACCUUGAAGAACUUGACGACGAGGUCAUCGGCAAUCAAAUGACACAGCAGCAGGUGGCGCUGGUAAGACGUCUUCAGAUGGCGCUGAAGCAGGAGCGAGCUGACAGCGUGCUGGUGGAAGCUCGUGUUAGAGAGGAGGUUUGCCAGGAGUUCAGCCAGAUCUAUGCUGACAUGCAGAAAGACUUCACGGAGCGGCUGGCCAGAGAGACGCAACUCCUCGAGGAGCGAGCGGAGAAACGUCUGGAGAUCUUCAAGCGCAUGACCACCCAGAUGGCUGCCUGCAGAGAAGCCAGGGAGCCACACAGAGAGGUCUUAACUUUGGUGUCACCCUCGCCCAGGGCGGAAGACAUCCCUGUGUCAGACGGGCUCCAACCUUGCGGGCUCUGCAGCGGCUCGAUGAAAGCAGGUGAGAGCGACUCAUCAGAAAAGGAGAGCAGGCUUGCUGCUGAGCUUCAGUGUCGAGCUCAGCUUCAGCUGGAAGAGCCAGCGAGCCAGCUACGGGCACGGGCCGUGCGCGUUCGGGAGGAGGAGCUCCAAAUGGAGGACCCGCCCAACGCGAGCCAGACGGAGAGAAAGUUGCGGGAACAGGCAGUGCAGACGGAGGCUUUGUCAGACGACGGCCGAGCGUUCAGCCGGUGUCUGCUUCAGGAGGCCGAGCAGCGCCCAGAGUUGUUGGCCGUGGCGCAAGAGACCAUCGAGCAGAAGGACGCCGAGCUGCAUGAGAGAGCCCUCCAGAUCACAGAACUGAGGGAACUGGUUGAACAGGACUCGGGCAAAGCAGAGAGUCUAGCCGCAGAUCUGCACAGGAAGGAAGAAAACGUUUGUGAGCUCAGAGAGAAGCUGGCCGACUACAAGACGCAGGUCCAGCGGGUGCACACAGACAUCUCCACCUUGAAGGAGGAUGAGAGGCUCUUGAGACUCAAGCUGGCAGAUGCGGACAAGGUGAAGAAGCAGCUUCAGUCGGACCUCGCCGUCAGAGACAGAACCAUCCAACGACUGGAGGCGGAGCGGCCGGCAGAGAAGACGCUUACCGAGACACUGCGGCUCUACCGCGAAGCUCGUCAAGAGCUGGAGGGUAAGCGGCAGUUGGUGAAGCACAUGCGCUCGGCAAUGCUAGAGCAGGACGAGACACAGGAGGAGAUGGAGCACCUCCUGGACGAGAAGCUCCACCUCAUCAGGGAGCUUGACAGCGAGGUGGCCCGAGUGAAAGAGACGGCGAGGCAGCAAAUUGGCGCCGACGCCUCGGGGCCUCAACAAGGAGACGCCAACACUCGUCAGCUGUUGGAGGCCAAGCACCUGACAGAACGGCAAAAGUGGCAGGAGGACAAGAUGGCUCUGAUUGGUCAGAUCAAGGAGGCCGAGGACAAGCGCAAUCAGGAAAUUAAGAAGUUUGCAGAGGACCGAGAGCGGCGCCUGGCCCGGCAGGCCGAGCUGGAGGCAGAGCUGCGUGCCAAGGAUCAGGAAAUGGAGAGCUGGAGGCAGGAGAGAGACACGCUGGUGGCCGCCCUGGAAGCGCAACUCAACCAGCUUCUUGCUGGUCUGGGCGACAAAGACCGAAUCACCCGACGGCUUGGCGACAAUGGCAUGCCGUUGCCACCCGAGACGGGCGGUGGCACGGCGGGGGUGAAAGAGGACAGCGAGUACGUCGGGGGGCGACCAGACGACGCUGACGCUCAGGUCUUCGCAUACACUAUAGCCGCGCUGACGAGUGCCGUUGAGCCCCAAAAUGACUCUAGUCACGUGGUCAAGGGCUCGUCGGGGUGCCGCCGCUCGGGAUGCCCGUCGCUGCUGGAAUCCUCCCAAAUCUCCACGGAGAACGGGCACGCGAGCCGCUUCCCGCCGCCCCAAAUGGAGAUUUCCUUCAGCCCGCUGCGGCCCGACCGCAUGGCACUCCGGCGCCGGGGCCACCCCGAAACCGUCACCGUCAAGAUCACUCGCUCGAGCCGCAAAAGGAAGAGCGCCGACGUGGACAAGGAUGAAGUGGAGGUGGAGAAUCGAAGGAACACUAAAGUGAUGCCAACACUGAGUGAGCACCAAGAGGAGGUGUCCCAUCUGCCCGCGUCUACCGGGACCCACAGCGUCCCCGGUCACAAAGAGGCCACGCUGCGGAAGAUCGGAGAUUUCCUUCAGAGGUCGCCCACCCUCAUAGGGUCCAAAGCCAAGAAGAUGAUGGGCCUCACGAGCGCCUCCAAGAGCAAAAGGAAGCCAUUGGGCGCUGUCAUCUCCUCGCCCAAGGAUGUGCCCCCCCACCCGAUGGUCAGCCACAGCAUGGUCGUUGCCGAGGACAAACGGGGCCGUCAUCUCGCCGUCAAAAGACAACUUUGCUCCACAAUUGGCCAAUGACGGGGACGUGCAAGUUUGUAUGCGCGUUCACCAUGUUGUGUGCUUCCAGCCUGACAAUUGCCAAUUGGCCAAUGUUUUCCGCCUAGCACGCUAGCCUUCUGGAGGAACGCGGGAAAGCUUGUUGCGAUCGUAAUGAUGAGUGGACAGACUGUUUCUGUUUCUGUCUGUUUCUCGAUGCUAAGCUAGGCUAAGCUAAUGUUGGGCAAGAGGAAGCUCAUGAGCUUGGUUCUUUGAAGUACUUUGUAUUUGAUCCCACUGCUAGGGUGACCAGAUAAGGGUUUGUGAAAAAGAGAAUGCCUUUUUUGGGAGGGGGGCGGGGUCUUUUUUUGGGUCAUUUGUGUCAUAUGUUAUGUGUCAUACUGUCAUACUGUUUUUCAUAUGUUAUGACACAAAUGACAUGGUGUCUGAAUAGCAAUUACAUUUGUUGGCCCGAAUAACACAAAACAACAUACCGUGUUGGCCCGAAUAUAAGACGAUGUUUUUUGCAUUGAAAUAAGAAUGAAAAAGUGUGGGUCGUCUUACAUUCGGGGUCGAGACAUUAUACCCGUUCACUUGUGCGCAGCGGUAAGUUAAAGGUUGCUGGUAUUAGAGAUGCACCGAUGCGACUUUUUCAGUUUCGAUACCGAUGCCGUGGCUUUGCGUAUCGGUCAAUACCCGAUACCGAUCCGAUAUUAUGGUUGACUUAACAAGCUACAUACCUCUCUACAUGUGGAACAGAAAAGACUAAAGGCAAUGGCAUCAGGCAUGACUACAGAGUUCUUUGCUCUAAAUGCUCAUUUAAGCAGCAAUGAGAAGUGCUCCCUGAAAACAAGCUCUGCUUAGUCGAACACAAAAAACAAAACACAUUCAAAAUUAUUUCUAAAUACUGAAAGUGCAGAGUGGAAUUUAAAAUAAAAUAUAGCAUCGGGACAAGAGAAUAAACAAGUGACUUGGUCAAAUACAAUAAUCAA